AUGAAGGUGCGCGGGGCCGGGACCGCCAUCGCCACCGGAACCGGGACCGGGAUCGGCAGCGGGGGGGAGGCGGAGCGGCGGGGAGAGGCUCCGGUGGGGACCCGUUGCCGACGGACCGGGCUGGAACGUUGUCUCGGGGCUGUCCCCCCCCCCACUCCGCCGCCGGUGUCACCCGGUGGUUCCGGAGGGGACAAUAACCGGCUGUCGGUGCUGCUGAAGAAGAUGCACUUGUUCCGGAGCUCCAGCUACGAGAUCAGGCUGGAGGGAGAGGGGGGGAGCCUGCCCCGUAUCCAAGGCAUCCGAUGGACCCCGCUUUUGGAUGCUGAAUCCUCCCUGGAUUAUGGACACAGCCUUACCCAGGCAUCCUCGGAGAAGAUCUGGAGAGCUGGAAAGCUCCUCUUCACCUACCUCACCAGCACCAGCCCCAGCCUCAUCCGGGACCAUAAGCAUCACCUCCGGCACCACAGGAGGUGCUGCUCUGGAAAGGAGCUGGUGGACUGGAUGCUGAAUGCAGAGCUGGGCAUCCAGACAAGGAGCCAAGCCAUCGGCGUGGGGCAGGUGCUGGUGGACGGCGGGGUCCUGACGCACGUGAAACAGGAGUGGCAUUUCCAGGACAAGGACACCCAAUUCUAUCGCUUUGCUGAGUUGGAGCUGAGCCCCGAACCCCGCAUGGGGCUGCGGGAUGCGGAGGAGCUGCUGGAGGCGGUGACCUUCCUGGCACAGCUGGGGCCUGAUGCACUGCUCACCAUGGCCCUGCGCAAACCGCCUGCCCAGCGCACAGAGGAUGAGCUGGAACUCAUUUUUGAGGAGCUGCUCCACAUUAAAGCCGUGGCUCACCUCUCCAACUCGGUGAAGCGAGAGCUGGCGUCUGUGCUGAUGUUUGAAUCACACCAGCGAGCCGGCACCGUGUUGUUCAGCCAAGGGGAUAAAGGCACCUCGUGGUACAUCGUCUGGAAGGGUUCGGUGAACGUGGUCACCCAUGGCAAGGGUUUGGUGGCCACAUUGCAUGAAGGGGACGAUUUUGGGCAGCUGGCACUUGUGAACGACGCUCCCCGAGCGGCCAGCAUCAUCCUGAGGGAGGACAACUGCCACUUCCUGAGGGUGGACAAACAGGAUUUCAACCGCAUCCUCAAGGACGUGGAAGCCAACACCAUGCGCCUGAAGGAGCACGGGAAGGUGGUGCUGGUGCUGCAAAAGAACCUGCAGGGAGGCAGCAGCCAGCCGGCCACGACGCGGAGCAGCAGGUACCUGGUGAUGGCUGGGACACCAGAGAAGAUCCUGGAGCACCUGCUGGAGUUCAUGAGGCUCGACGCCACGCUUUACGACCCCGUGGACACACUCCUGGGGGAUUUCCUGCUGACCUACACUGUGUUCAUGCCAACCUCACAGCUCUGCAGGGCUCUGCUGCAUCAUUUCCGCGCAGAGCCGCUGGAUGGCUCAGAGCAGGAGAAAGCCACCUACUGCCUGCACAAGCGCCGCAAGAUCCUGCGCCUGGUGAGCCAGUGGGUGCUGCUCUACGGGCGGCUGCUGCAGGGAGACCGCAGCACCACGGCUCUGCUGCAGAACCUCGCUGACCUGGUGAGCCAGGACCCUCGGCUGGGGGCCAUGGUGCAGGAGCAGGAGCGGCGGCGGCCCCGAGCGAUGGAGAAUGGGGACAGCAGCAUUUCUCCCCAGCCCAAGUCUCGGAGCUCCAUGAGCUGGCUCUCCAGCCAAGACGAGGCGGCUUUGAGCAGCAGCUGUGCCUUAAGAGCCCAGGAUAAAGUGCCCUACGAGAUCUACAGAGCUGACCAUUCGUGCCUGGUGACGGUGCUGCCCGUCAACGCAUCGGUGCAGGAUGUGCUGCAGUCCCUCGCUCCACAGCUCGGCUGGGAUGAAGAGCACCUCCUGGUGAAGGUGAAUUCAUCCGGAGAGAAAGUGGGGCUGCAGCUGGACGCCGUGGGGGUGUUCACCUCGCUGGGGCUCAACGAGAGGCUUUUUGCUGUCAGCGUGGAGGAGCUGAGCAGUUUGACCCCCCACCCUGAGCAGUUGGGCCCCCACGUUGGCUCCUCGGACACGUUGGAUCUCAUCAGCUCCAAAGACCUGGCCAGCCACCUCACAGACCAUGACUGGAACCUCUUCAAGAGCAUCCACCAGGUGGAGAUGAUCCACUACAUCGUGGGGCCACAGAAGUUCCACGAGGUGACGACAGCCAACCUGGAGCGAAUGAUGCGGCGUUUCAACGAGCUGCAGUACUGGGUGGCCACCGAGCUGUGCCUCUGCCCUGAGCUGGGCAGGAGAGCCCAACUGCUGCGCAAGUUCAUCAAGCUGGCUGCACACCUCAAGGAGCAGAAGAAUCUGAAUUCCUUCUUCGCGGUGAUGUUUGGUGUGAGCAACACAGCCGUGAGCCGCCUUGCCAAGACCUGGGAGAGGCUGCCCCACAAGAUCCGUAAGCUGCACGCAGCGCUGGAGCGGAUGCUGGACCCAUCAUGGAACCACCGGGUCUAUCGUCUGGCCGUCGCCAAGCUGAGCCCCCCCAUCAUCCCCUUCGUCCCCCUCCUCCUUAAAGACUUGACCUUCAUCCACGAGGGCAACCGCACGCUGGCCGAGAACCUCAUCAACUUUGAGAAGAUGCACAUGAUGGCGAAGACGGUGCGCGUCCUGCAGCGCUGCCGGGGCCAGGCACAUGCCCCGCUGUCCCCACUGCGGAAUCGCUCCCCACACCGACCAGAGGAUGCCAGGGCCGUCAGGAUCAGCACAUGCUCGGAGCAGUCGCUGAGCGUGCGGAGCCCCGUCUCCACCUGGGCGUAUCUGCAGCACCUGAAAGCCAUCGACAGCCAGAAGGAGCUGCUGCGGCUCUCCAGAGACCUGGAGUCCUGAUGGGCAGGAGGGAAAGGGAGCCAGGACUCAGCAGGGACGUGGCACUGUGUGUGCUGAUGGCACAGCAGCCCCGUGGCUCUGCUAUGGGAGCCAGACCUGUCCGUGCAGUCGGGAGCUCACGGGGGCUGUGGGCAGGUGAGGCCACGGACAGCAGGGUCUGCAGCCCCCACGCAGUGAGCAAUAGAGGUAUUUUUGUAUGCAAGGCUGUGCUCACCUUAUUUCUCCAUGCAGCAGCCUGCAUUCGCUCCUUGCGCUGUCGGGGUGCCCUGGGUGCCCCCAGCACCAAUGCUGCCUGCUCUGGGGGUGCUGCGCUCCAUCCCUCUGUCCUGUUUGCCCCCUGGGAUGUGCUGUGUUCUCCAUCUCAGCUCCCUGGAGCUGCAUGGACCCAGGAGCACAGCUUGGGCUAAGCUCAGCCACUUGCGUGCCUCGGUUUCCCCACAUGGACAGGGGAAGAACAGCAGCAGAGAUGCGACAGCCUCUGUUGUGGUGGGAGGAAGAUGCAGUGAUGGAGACGGGGAUCAGAUCAAGCUGUUCCCAAGCCCCCACUCACCCCUCCCUGCACCUCUGGCUGUGCAUGGAGCAAUGAUUGUCCCAGUGCUAUAAGCAGGAGGAAUGGGGCUGUGGGCUUCAAGGCUGAUCCCUGCCCCUAAAGUCUUCCCACGUUUGCAGGGUACCAAGCAAGGCUGGGGUACAAGGGACCGGAGCACUGCUGAGUUCCACCUCACAGUUCAGGGGGUUGGGUUGCUUACAAUAAAAUUCCCCAUCACAGCUAA